GGCCAGUGGCAGACUCCUUGGGGAAAGGCUGGGCCCAAGGGCAAGGGACUUGGCGCCCCGGGCGCCGGAACCUUCGCGGUGAAGAUGGACGCCACCUAUCAUGUCGAAGUGCUUCGCCCAUAUCCUGCGGAGGACAGCUCUGUGUUUGUCCACAAGGGUGGGGCGCGCAAGGACUCGGACAUGAUCACCCUCGAGGGAAUGUCAGCGCGCGGCAACUUUGAAGGCGCGAACCGGCCGGGGAGGUGGCUUUCCAUGCUGGCGGCCUCGGUGGCCAGAGGUGCCCAGAUUGCGACCUAUGCGCGAGACCACUUCGACGCCACCGGCUUGGGGGAGAUUGCCGCGGCGGCUGGACCGGAGAUCCAGCGCGCUUGCGAAAUCCUGGAUGCCACGAAGAACUGCGAGCCCGCGGCCGCGGAAGUGGAGACGUCGGUGCAGACUCUGCUCUCCUACUGCGCCGACGAGGGCCUUACGGCCCACUUUCAGCGCUCGGCGGUGCUGGCGGCGAACAUCUACAACUUCAGCAUGAAUGCGCUGGAGGCCGCCGCGGUGCUGGCUCACCGCGGACAAUGGACUACGGAGCUAGCCAAAAACCUGGGCGCGCUGCCAGCGCCAGUGCGGGAUUUCCUCCAGAAUCCGGCCAACGACGAAGCCCUUCUGCGGGCUCUGACUGCGGCCUACAAUCACCAAGUGCUGGAUUCGCAGCGCCCGGUCGCCGCCGCGGGAGGGGACCCGCUUGGCAACUACGGCAACUACGCCGCCCCGCCCUUCGCCGAGCCGGCGCCGCCCGCGGCCGCCGCGGCUGCUCCGGCCGAAGACCCGCUCGGCGCAAGCCAGGCGCCUGCUGCGGGGCCGACGCUGUUUGGGCGCAAGCGCCCGGCGCCGGCCGAGGCUUCCGCGGAGCCGGCUCCGAAAAGGUCCUUAUUCGGCGCAAAGCCGGCCCCAAAGCCUGCGGCGAAGGCCCCCGCGGCCGCUCCCAACAAGCCGGCCGAGCAGCCAUCCGUCGGGGCGUGGCCAACCCCCGCUUUCCUCCGCUGGCUCCAGAGCACCUCUGACCUCACCGCGACAGUGGAGACCCCGGAGACGCUGCGGCAGGCCAUCGAGGCCGUGCCAAACUCUUUGCGGAAGCAGUACGACCUGGCGGAGGCGAGCGAGUCCUGCGCGGCGAGCCUCCGCGCGCUUCGGGAGGAGUACAUCGGAACCUUGCUCGAGGAAGCGGAAAUGUUCUGCGCCCCGAAGCACAAGGUGGCGCUGGAAGAAGACUUCAUAGGCCACGGCGUGCUCACUUUGUGCUACGCGCGCAAAGCCUUUGCGGAAGAGAGCAAAGCCGAGGAGGUCGCGGAGCUGAUCCAGCAGCUGAAGGGCGACCACGUGCCGGUGGAAGCAGAGAACCAGCUCGAUGAGGCGGCCGCAAUUUUUGGGCUUCUCUCCGCGGUGCCGGCGGACCUUUUGGAGUGGGCCGGGGUCAGCCCGGCGCGGAAGUACCGCUCCAUCCGCGCCAAAACCUGGCCUCGAGAUGUGGGCCGGGCUGGGACGCUGGCGUACUUGGCGUUCGCGGCACACCUGAAAAUCUUGCAGGACGACCACGGCGAGGAGGCAUCCGCCGUCGCUCCGGAGCACGGCGACGAAGGCGAGGCCCAGGCCAGAGGAGAGAAGCGAGGGCGGCCUCAACCUGAGCCAGCAGAGCCUGUCCUGAAGCCAGCUGCCGCCCGCAAGUACUGCCAGGGCUUUGACAACAUCCAGUGCGCUUUUGGCCCUGGAGGGGAGCGCGCGCAGCCCCACGGCCCUGCACAGUGUCUUUUCUGCAGCCCGCAGCGCCUGGAGGAAGCCUUGGGCGACCCCGCCCGCGCGGUCGCGGCGCGCAAGCGCUUUGCGCAGCUCGCCCCGCAGAUGCAAGCAGUUGCCCUGGGGCGAGUUCGGGAGCCUGGCUACCGGAACUGGCUGGCCGCAGUUGCCGCCCAACCUCAGGCAGAAGUGGAGGAGGCCGUCGCCGGCAAGUACAAGUACUGUCAGGGGUACAAUGGCAUCCAAUGCUCCUUUGGCGCUGAGGGUAGGCCCGCGCAGCCCCACGGCCCGGCGCGUUGCCUGUUCUGCAACCCGGAGCACCUGCAAGAAGCUCUAAAUGCUCCCCUCCGCGCGGCCGCGGCGCGCAGACGCUUUGCACAGCUCAGCCCAGAAGCGCAAGAAGCAGUGCUGGGGCGCGUUGUGCGGCCGGAGCACCGUGACCAACUGGCUGCAGCCCAGCCCCUGCUCGAAGCAGAAGAACCGGCGCCCAGAGCCUAUCGCCGGCAAGACCAAUCCUGGCGCGGAGCAGCGCCCUACACCCCGGAGGACCUUGCAGCGCGUUACAGCGCGGGCGCCGCGGCGUGGGAAGAAGUGUUGCGGCAAAGGCAGGCUGUCGCAGAGCCCGAGGUCGCCGCGGUGGAGUACCGGGUCAAGGUUGUCGAUGAUCGCCGCAAGAGCUUGAACAUGAUGCAGCAAGCAGAGCCACGACUGCCGCGCGGCGCGGAAGUCUCGAACGAGGAUAUUGUGGCCAAGGCGGCUGCCACGCGCCUGGCGGCCAACUUGCAACUCUGGGCGGAGUUCAACUCCUGGCAGGUCUGUGACUCAUGCGGCGCUCUGCAGCAUUGCAUCUUUUGCCGCAGCGCGCGUCCCGCGCCUCGGCCCCAGCCGCCGCCGGAUGCCUUGCGCGGUCUCUCGCUGGAUGUGCGACAAGCGCUGCAGCCGGCAGAGCCGGACUUCGGGCCUGUUGCCCGCUCUCGGGACCAAUUUGAACGGCUACAGGCAGCACGCGCCUACGCGGAUUUCUACUGGGAGCACGAGAGCUUUUUGGCCAACAACGCGGGGUGCGACGCUCGGGCGCGGCGCCGCUGGCUGCGCUUCAUGGAGAAAGAGGGGCUGGAGUGCGCCCUGUGGCCAGAUCUGUUCCUGGAGCGGCAGCACUGCUUGACCUGGGCUCGGCUGCAGAGCAGCAGCCGGCAAGCCCGCGGCAGCGAGCGCAGCACCUUGGAGGAGCGCUUGAACUUUGACCCCUUGAACGAGACAAGCCUGCCGAAAAAUGCAACCGGCCUAAAACGCUCGUACAUGGCCCUGGUGUUGUCGCCUAUCUUGGAUUUCAGCCUCUCCUACGAACUCCUGCACUUUGCCUUUGACCUUGGCUUGUG